CCGCCGGCGCGCCCGCAGGAUGCAGGCCGUGGACACGGCCACCGCGGAUUCGUACGAGGAGGACGACAAGGACCUGGCGGGCUACGACUUCCAGCCGCUCCCCACUCUGCCGGAGGAUGAGGAGAACGUGUCCCUGGCCGACAUCCUGUCGCUGCGGGACAGUGGCCUCAGCGAGCAGGAGGCGUGGGCCGUGUGCCUGGAGUGCAGCCUGUCCAUGAGGAGCGUCGCCCACGCGGCCAUCUUCCAGACCCUGUGCAUCACGCCGGACACUCUGGCGUUCAACACCAGCGGGAACGUGUGCUUCAUGGAGCAGCUCAGCGAUGACCCCGAGGGCGCCUUUGUGCCCCCCGAGUUCGAUGUGACCGGGAACACCUUCGAGGCUCACAUCUACUCUCUGGGGGCCACGCUAAAGGCAGCCCUUGAGUACGUGACUGAGCCCGAGCCGGAGCCCAGGCUGAGCCAAGACCUGGAGGCGCUGCUGAGCCAGAUGCAGGCAGAAGACCCUAGGGACCGGCCUGACCUCGAGAGCAUCAUAGCAUUGUGUGAAGAGAAGAUGCUCUUCACGUCCUCCUGCCGUCUGUGCCGGAGCCUCUCGGCCAUCGGGAGGAGGGUGCUCUCCAUUGAGUCCUUUGGAGCAUUUCAAGAUGUCACCGAGAGCGGCUGGAGCGGGAGACCUACUGCAGGAAGCACAGGGCCCAGGAAACAGCCCGGGGGCCACGCCGCGGACCCAGAGGGCCUGCCCCAGCACCCUGCCCGUGAAGCCCAUGGCAGCCCGGAGCAGCCUGCUACCCUGUCCUCCAAGCCCCUGCUGUCAGCCCCUGUGAGAAAUGGAGAGCGGCUGGCCAGCCUCAUCCUGGACACCCAGCGCCCCCUGGGUGACCUGGAGAGGAGCCGCCUGAGGAAGGUGCAGACGUUCCCCAGGCUCCUGCCCGAUGGCGCUGAGGCCGGCACCCUCUGCCUGACGCUGACCCCCACCAAAAACCAGCCACCCAAAUCUGAAGUCUUCCCUCCAGACCCCAGGAAGGCCUUUCUAGAUGGGAAAAAUGGCCUUUCCAGCUACAAGUCACAGCCCAAGUCCAGACUGUGGCCAGAGCGGGAGCCCGAGCUCCAGCAGGGAGGACCUGGAGACACCAGCCGAAGCGGGGACAGGGUAUCUGGGGCACUGGGCUGGAGCCCUGUGGAGGAAAGCGCCCCAUCUCUCUCCGAGGACCCCAGAGAUGCAGGCCCAGAGCCUGGGACUUCCAGUGCUGAUGAGGGGACUCCCGACAGAGCUGGGGAGCCGGCUAGCACAGCAGGAGAGCAGGGCGUCUCCCUGCAGGAGCUCCUGUACCAGCUGGGCCGGCCCUUCAAGGAGUAUGAGCUCUGGGCUCUGUCCCACGCGUGUCUCACUGCUCUGCGCGCUCACAGCGAGCACCCAGCCUACCUGUGCCUGGACUCUGUGCUGGUGGCCGAGGACGGGGCCGUGCUCUUCAGCCCACCCCCUGCCAAUGGCACUUACGACACAUUUUUUCUGGCUCCUGAGGUUGCAGAGCAAGAACUGGUGACUGAGAAGGCCUCCGUGUACUGUGUGGCCGCAGUCCUGUGGACAGCAGCCAAGUUCAGCAUCCCCCGAGACCACAAGCUGGCCCUGCCACGCAGGCUCAAGACCCUCCUCUUGGACAUGGCCAGACGCAGUGCCCAAGAGCGGCCGUGCACAGCUGAGGCCAUCAAGAUAUGCAGCACUUACCUCCUCCAGCGGGGCAUGGACAGCAGAAGGAUCCUGGCUCACCUGAGGGCGUCCACCGGUAAGGUUGACCGGGAGGAAGAGACCAUCGGCCUCCAGAAUGCUCUCUCGGUGGUUGAUCUGAACCCCAGCGCCCCCAGUCCCCGCUCAGGUUUUGUUCGGGUUGGCGGCGACACCAGGCUGGUGGCGGUGCGGGGGCCUGUGCCCUCUCAACCCCCCUGCUGCGAAGGGGCCACGGUGCUGCCAGCCGCCUUCACCGCCACAGCCACACACUUCCAGCCCAUCGUGCUGGCCGCAGAUGCAGGUGACGCCAGGGACAGGGAGGGCGAUGGGAAGCAGGCUCCCGAGGCCCAUGGAGCCACCACCAGCCAGAAGAUUCCUGACCAACCAGUACCUGCUGCUGGACCACAGGGAGCAGCUGCAGAACCGCUCAGGGAGUCAGUGCCGAGAGACGCAGCCCAGGGGGUCCCCUGCACCCCACCCCCUGGCCCUGGGGGGGCUUCACCAGCAGUGCCCGAGUCUUCUACAGCUGCCCCCCUCCUGAAGGCACAGGCACCUCCCGUGGAGCAAGGGCCAGACCAACCAGCCCCACCUAGAACCCCAGUGUCCAGUGCAGCCCACCACGACCCGAGUCACCCAGCCAAGCCACCCAGGACCAAGGCCACCGAGGGCACAGGCCGGAAGCCUCGGGGUCCCUCAUCAGCCCCGUGGGACCCCUCCCUGGCCAAGGCAAGUCCAGACAGCCCCAAAGGCACCUCUGUCCCAGAACAGGAUGGCCUGGCCCCAGACAGUCAUCCCGAGCGGCCCCUGCCAGCAGACCACAAGCUCUGUCUGCCCGGUGUGGACGCCUCAGCCCUCCCGAAGAGGACAGCCUGCCCGUCGCUGCAGGAGGCCAUGCGCCUCAUCCAGGAGGAGUUUGCCUUCGACGGCUACUUGGACAACGGACUGGAGGCUCUGAUCAUGGGGGAAUAUAUUUACGCCCUGAAAGACCUCACCUACGCCACUUUCUGUGGGGCCAUAUCAGAGAAGUUCUGUGACCUCUACUGGGGGGAGAAGUUGCUGCAGAGUCUUUUCAAAGUGGUGAACGGGAGGAUGUCCCCCUCUGAGAAUGCUUCAGAGGAGGCUGGGCCACAGCCCAAGGGCGGCACGGCCAGCACUCCAAGUGGCUGCUCACUGUCCAGCAAAAGGCCAUCACUGCACGGAGCAGGGAAGGAGAAACUGACCACCGCGCGGGUCAGCCGAGCCCCCUGCCCGUCCCCGGCGCUGUCCGAUGUGGACGCGGACGAACUCUCACGGGGUAACUUUGAGGUGGGAUUCCGGCCUCAGAAGUCGGUCAGAGGCGAGCGGGAACAGCAGCAGGAGGCCGGAGAGCACGGGCAGCAGGGAGGGGGCCCGGGGCCCGAGGCGGUGGCCCAGCUGGCCAGGCCCAAGAAGGGGGCCCCGGCUGUGCACUCGGGCCCGGCCGAGCUCCAGAGCUGCAGUCCCGGCUGGUGCAGCGCCUUCUACGAGGCAGACUGCUUCGGUGCCGACGUCUCCAGCUACGUGAAGGAGCUGGUGAGGCAGAGAGCCGGCAGGGCCACAGACACGGACGCCCAGAGCCCGACGUCCCUCCUGGAACCGGAAUGCAGACAGGAGCUAGAGCAGCAGCUCCUGAUCGAGAAGAGGAACUACCGGAAGACGCUGAAGUUCUACCAGAAGCUCCUGCAGAAGGAGAAGCGCAGUAAAGGCUCCGAGGUGAAGACCAUGUUGUCCAAACUGAGAGGGCAGCUGGAAGAAAUGAAGUGCAAAGUGCAGUUCCUGGGACUGGUCAAGAAGUACCUGCAGGUCAUGUACGCAGAGCGGUGGGGCCUGGAGCCCUGCGCCCUGCCCGUGAUCGUGAACAUCUCCGCGGCCCACUGCGACACACUGGAUUUCAGCCCCCUGGAUGAGUCCUCGUCCCUCAUCUUCUACAACGUCAGCAAGCACCCGCGUGGCGGCAAGCAGAGGAAGGCCCGCGUCCUGCAGGCCGGCACGCCUCUGGGGCUCAUGGCAUACCUCUACUCCAGUGACGCCUUCCUGGAGGGCUACGUACAGCAGUUCCUCUACACCUUCCGGUACUUCUGCACGCCCCAGGACUUCCUGCACUUCCUCCUGGACCGCAUCAACAGCACCCUGUCCAGGGCCCACCAGGACCCCACCUCGACCUUCACCAAGAUCUACAAGCGAAGCUUCUGCCUCCUGCAGGCCUGGCUGGAAGAUUGCUAUGCUGUGGACUUCACCCGGAACACCGGGCUCCUGGGCAGGCUUGAGGACUUCAUCUCUUCCAAGAUCCUGCCCCUGGACGGCUCCGCGGAGCACCUGCUGGGCCUCCUGGAGGUGGGCACUGACCGGCGGGCCGAGGGCACCUCACGUGGCACAGACCUGGAGGACCCCAAGGGAGCCGAGGAGGACGGCAGACCCCUCAGUGCCCUCUGUAAGAGGCUCUCAGAAGACGGCGUCUCCCGGAAGAGCUUCCCGUGGAGGCUGUCCCGGGGCAACGGGCUGGCACUGCCACACCACAAGGAGCGCCAGUACACCAUUGCGUCUGCCCUGCCCAAGCCCUGCUUCUUCGAGGACUUCUACGGCCCCUAUGCCAAGGCCAACGAGAAGGGCCCCUACUUCCUGACCGAGUACAGCACCCACCAGCUCUUCAGCCAGCUAACACUUCUGCAACAGGAAUUAUUUCAAAAGUGCCAUCCCGUCCACUUCUUAAACUCACGGGCCCUGGGCGUCAUGGACAAAAGUGUGGCCAUCCCCAAAGCCAGCUCCUCCGAGUCUCUGUCAGCCAAAACCUGCAGCUUAUUUCUGCCCAAUUACGUGCAGGACAAGUACCUAUUACAGCUUUUGAGAAGUGCAGAUGACGUCAGCACCUGGGUGGCAGCUGAAAUUGUGACCAGCCACACCUCCAAGUUGCAGGUGAAUUUGCUGUCCAAAUUUUUGCUGAUUGCAAAAUCUUCCUAUGAGCAGAGGAACUUCGCGACAGCCAUGCAGAUUCUGGGAGGCCUGGAGCACCUGGCCGUGAGGCAGUCCCCUGCCUGGAGAAUUUUACCCGCGAAGAUAGCGGAGGUCAUGGAAGAGCUGAAAGCCGUGGAGGUCUUCCUGAAGAGUGACAGCCUGUGUCUGAUGGAAGGACGGCGCUUCCGGGCCCAGCCCACGCUGCCCUCAGCCCGCCUCCUGGCCAUGCACAUCCAGCAGCUGGAGACAGGGGGCUUCACCAUGACCAAUGGGGCCCACAGGUGGAGCAAGCUCAGAACCCUCAGCACCAACCAGGCCCAACACAGAUCUUCAGCACAUGUUUAUGGACUGAAGAGUGGCUGGAUGGACCAACAGACAGAGGCACGAGCAGAGGGGUGGAUGGGAGCGCGGAAACAUAGCGAAGGUGGUGAGCCAGGUGCGUGCGUUCCAGGAGAACCCCUACACGUUCGCGCCCGACCCCAAGCUGCAGUCCUACCUCAAGCAAAGAAUCGCACGCUUCAGCGGGGCCGACAUUUCCAUUUUAGCGGCAGACAACAGGGCCUCCUUCCACCAGAUCACCAGCGAAAAGCACUCCCGGAAGAUCCAGGACAAGUUACGGAGGAUGAAGGCCACGUUUCAGUGAUGGGGACAGUGGGUGUGGUGGGGAUUCCAAGGAGGCACCGCUUGCUGCCCCGGGCCCAGACGGUCCCAGCACACACCUGCCGCUGUAGACUAGGGAGCCCAACAGCACAGUGUGGGGCACGGGGCUCAGCCCGGGCGGCGGGGUACAUGGCCGGGGGGCACCAGGAGGGGGAGGCUCAGGGCCUGGCUAAGCCGGAGAGGACAGGCUUCAGUGGAGGUCGGGGUGUUUCUGUUAGUGUAAAACUAUAUUUAAAGAUUAAAACAGAAAUAGAAUAAGUAACCUCCCCAGGAGCCACAUACCCAUUUAUACUUCUUAGAGAUACACCGCUCUCCCCCAAGUCCCCAGGGAUCCCGCCCCCCAAAAACCCACACCCACCCACCCUGACUCAGAGCAGUGUUUUCAUGAGUCUGGCUUAUGUCUGCCCAGCAACCAAGGACCAAAAUGACCUCUGACCCCUAUGCCAAUCACAAGUUCCAGGGGUUUCCAAAACCUUCCACUGGGGCCCUGAGGCUUCCCAGUGGCCCAAGCCCCAACCUGGGUCCACACUCCCAUGCCCGGACCUCCCCGCUUCCACUCAGACACCCCCAAACCUCCCCCCACACUCCUCAGACCUCUCCUCACACCCCAGACUUCCCCACCACACUCCCCUGACCCCUCCUUCCAGACCCCCCUCUAGGGCCCCAGCUCAGCUCACCCCCAUUCCAGCCCAUGUGGGGGUGCCUGAGUUUUGUAGCCCUUGCCCCAGCAGGCCUGAUGGGGUCUCUGUCCCGGCCCAGCUUCCUGCUGCUGGUGAGCACCUCACAGCUCCACACUGGCAGCCCCCAGUGCCCGUGGCCCCGUGUGCCCUCCACCGUUGCCAACCCCCACCACUUAGAACAGCUCCCGGUGAGGCCUGCAAGGCUCUGCUUCCUAGCAAAGCACACAGGUCACAAACAGCAGCUCCAGAGCAGGUUCAAGGCCUCAGGGGCCCUGAGAGCAUCCCCCAGUCCCACCUGGGGGCCUGGGGGCCUCAGGCCUGGGGCCUGUGCCCCAUCUGCCUCAGCAGCCAUGCAUGCGCUGCGCACACCUAUGCCCAGGCUCCUGCCGCUUGCCUUCACUAGUGCUUUGUCCGAGCAGUGGAGGAGAUGACGUGUGCUGCCUGGAUGGUUCCAAGCUCGUCCCCGGGGCUCUGUUUCCAAACGGCCGGUGUUGGGCGUUUGCUCAGCAGGUGGAAGACACACUCGGCCAGAUGUACUGGGACCAGGAAGGUGCAAGUCGCAUCCCUCACGACAGGGAGCUCAGACCCCUGGCACCAUCCUGGGCACCAACGUUCUUACGCUGCAAAUCACUGGGAGACCGGAGGUGGUUCUCUUGUUUCAGAAUCAGUGAUUCUUUAGAACAACCAGCUAGUGAUAUUUCUGGGAAAACUGUUACUUGUGAUAGAAUGCUGAGUCUGUAAUGUCAAGAUGUGUUUCCCACAUAAACUCAUCCAAGACAUCCAGAACAGAAGAGGGACUCAGUGCCUCCCACCAUGCAGAUGCGGGGAGGGGGGGGGUGGCUUUUGUAUGAGGAUUAUGUUCUACUAAACACCUACAUUCCCGGAUUCUGAAUUUAACAAAGGUAGUGUCACAGAGCCUGAAACUGAGUUAGUGUCUGGCGCAAAUACACAUUCCAGUCGUAACGAUUUGUUCACAGGAAAGUGACUGGGCUUUCAGCUUAAGCACGACUGUCUGCAUGUCGCCCGAAUGUCACUGGCACAGAUUUCUAAAUAAAAUCAUU